AUGGCUUAUCAGCUGUACCGAAACACUACCAUCGGUCAUACGCUGCAGGAAAGCUUGGAUGAGUUUGUUUCAUCGGGACAGAUUAGCAAUGGACUCUCUCAGAAGGUGAUGCUUCAGUUUGAUAAAGCAAUCAACAACGCCCUGGCCAAUCGCGUUAAAUCAAGGCUGACGUUUAAGGCGGGACAUCUAAAAACAUAUCGGUUUUGUGAUAAUGUCUGGACGUUUGUCCUUAAGGACGUCGAGUUUCGGGAAGUGCAAGAGCUGAUCAAGAUUGACAAGGUGAAGAUUGUGGCCUGCGACGGCAAGAGCAGUCAGCAACAGAAGGACGCCGAACGCGACUAA